AGCUCUCGUAUCCCUGGUUGGCCAACGUGUACGCCCUUCAUACGUGCCACUAUCCUCACUUGCUUCAUCACAUCUCUUGUAGCUCUUUGUUUUGUUUUUCCGGUACUUUACGUUGUCUCACGCUCUGGGUUUCUCUCCGUCAAAGCUGCCACAGUUACAGUUGAUUUCGAAUUAAGCGUGUUGAGUCGACGUCACACCUCCCCUUGGACUCUGUGCGCUUUAUCCCUCCGCACCUCCUCCCAAGCGGCGAUACAGAGAUGCGCCGCUCGCUGCUUCUUCGUUCCACCGUGGCCCGUAACGCAGCCGCGGCGACGGGUCUCGUCCACCUCUCCACCGCCAACCACUUUCGCCAACCCUUGGCGUGUGCAGUGGCGGUGCCAUUCUCAUCGCAUCACGGCAGCUCCCUGCACACUGCCAUCCGACUCGCUUCGACCACCACCACCACCACGCAUGGCACAUCGAAGCCGAAAAUAGUGCACUACUCAAAACUGGGCAUGGAUGGCUUUACCGACGUCAAGUACAACACGGCCGCGGACGAGUUCCUUGAAAAUUUGGAAGCGAAGCUGGACGCCAUCGACUCGGCCGAGUUAGAGGACAUCAGCUGCAACUCUGGGGUGCUGACCAUCGAGACAUCGUCGAAGGGGACGUUUAUCAUCAACAAGCAGGCCCCGAACGUGCAGCUGUGGCUUUCUUCCCCAAUUUCAGGUCCGCACCACUACGACAUGGUGACGAGCACCAGUAACGGGGUGGAGACGGUGUACUGGAAGUCGGACAACGACGCGCACGACCUGCGGGAAAAGCUGGAGGUGGAGCUGAGCGAGGUGUUGCAGCACCCUUUUCAGUUAUGA